AACAUCAAGUUAACGUUACUUACAGUAUUCAUAUUUUGUACAUUUUAUUUGCAUGAAACUCAAAACACAGUAUAGCAUUGUUAAGAUAAAACUGAGUGUUGUUUAACCUAUUCUCGUGGCGUAGCUUAUCUUUGCUAGAGCUUCUGCAGUUCAAGUUAGCUGGACAGCUAAUGCUCGGCUUCAUUUGAAUGGAAAUGUUCAAAGCAAAAAUACUCUUUAUUGGUCCCAAUGAGAGUGGGAAAACGGUUCUUGCAAACUUUCUCUCAGACACAACAGAAAAUGUGGGAGGUGAAUACAGACCUACUCAAGGAGUAAGGAUACUGGAAUUUGAAUCAGAACCUAAAGGCAGUGGCGACAACACGACAUGUGAGUUUGAACUCUGGGACUGUUCAGGAGAUUUUAAAUUUGAAUCAUGCUGGCCUGCACUGAUGAAGGACUCCAGCGGUGUGGUGAUCAUUUUUAAUCCUGAUGUUCCAAGUCACCUCAAAGAAAUAGAGACGUGGCACUCGAUGUUCAUCUCCUCUCAAGGUUUGCAGGACAACCAGUGUCUACUCAUUGCUCACCACAAGCCUGGCUGCGGAGUAGAAGACAAACGGCUGCCCUUAGCCUCACAUCUGAGCAGACUGCUGCUUAUUCACUCCAACCUGGAGGAGGAACCAGAAGAUGUGAGGCGAGCUUUCCGCAGAUACUUGGAAAAUGUUGUAAAUACAAUGUCGGAAAGUCGAGAGCGAGAGGAGAUGUCGAUCAUUACAUAGCUGUGGAAUCUAUAAAAUAUGCAGCUUGAUGAAGAACAUUUUCGUUGGCAUCUGCAAUCUCCGAGUGACAUUGAACAUUUAGUUUAGUAAUUAUAGAUCUUCACUGUCAUUCAGUUGUGCAUGAAAUUUCCCAAAAACUCAA